AUGGCGGCAAACGGGACUACCAGUCUUCCAAUCAUUGACUUUGCAAAAAUUAUUGGCCCAUCAAUCUCCCGAUCGCCAGAAGUCUUAGAAGAAAGCGAGCUGGAGCAGCAAAAGCUCUUCCAAGCCUUCGUCGACGUUGGGUUCUGCUACCUCAACAACCAUUCAAUUCCGGACUACGCACGAGACAAUCUCUUUUCACACGCGAAACGCUUCUUUGCCCUUCCAGAAUCGGAGAAGGCCAAGGUGGAAACUGGAGAGUCGAAAGGAUUCCACGGGUGGUUCUCUCCGGCUCGAACGUCGGGAGACUCACGUCACUCUGAUCUCAAAGAGGCCUUUGAUGUCGGCAAAGAGAAUGACCCUACAAGGCCGAACCAGUGGCCAGAAGACUGGCCCGAGUUCCGAGAUGACAUGAACUUCUUCUUUGAGAAGUGCCACGAAGUACACCUGGUACUGUUGCGGGCACUCGCCCGACAAGUCGGAGUGGAUGAGAACUUCUUCGAGCCUCAUGUUAACGAGAAGGAUCACUUUUUCCGUGUCAUUUACUACCCAGAGACCAGCCGAACCGCAUUCCAGGAUAGGUUACGCGCGUCAGCCCACACUGACUACGGCACAUUGACGUUGCUGUUCAAUGACGAGAGCGGGGGCUUGCAAGUACGGCGCACGGAUGGCACUUACAUCGCGGCACCCCCGAUCCCGGGUUGCGCAAUUAUCAAUGUGGGAGACUUGCUUUCUCGGUGGUUCAAUGACAGACUGGUCUCCACCGAGCAUCGAGUGGUGGAACCGGAGCCAAAGACGGACAUUACGGGCCAGAUCCCUGCUGUCGUUCCAGCUCGGUACUCCAUCGCGUGGUUUGGCCACCCUAACCGAGAGGCACUGGUAGAGCCGAUCGACAAGUGUUGCACAGCGGAUAACCCGAAGAAGUACGGACCUGUCUAUGCUGGAAAACACGUGGUGGAGAGGCUCGCGUAUCUGCACAAGAAAGGACAAAAUACAACCACGUGGACGGACAAGAUGCAACGAGGGACGGACAAGGCAACGGAUGGACUCGCACCGCAGCCUGUUGCUGCGGGUGGCUCGUAA